UUAGCUCUGUAGGGGUCAGUAUGACAACGCUUCGAGUAGGUAAACACCUACAAUACAUUGAUUUUGGGGGAAAAUAAAGACUCAAAGUGAAUGUGUACUGUAAUACCACCCCAACGGUGUAGCACCAACUAUAAGCAGGAAGUUAGUUAGAGUUAGUAAGGUACACUUUUCUAAAGGCUGUCUAAGACAACUAGCAUUUGAAAACUUUGAUGUUAGACACAUUUACUUAUGGUGGAUUUCAGCAGGGAUGAAAAAUUAUCAAUGCUUCAUCUUCUCUACUCUCUUGCAACUGACUUUGGGUGCACAGAUAUCUACAUGGGAGGGAUGGACUGUAUUGUUUCCUCUCCCCGAACUUCCACCGGAGACUUCCAUUGAUUCAGUCGAAUGGAAAUACCACACAAUCCACAAAACAAUCUUACUGGGCACGAUCAAUCUAAUGAAGAAACAGCAAUUAAGAAAUUUCAGCAAGAGGACUGGAAUGAAAAUAAUGGAGAACGGCACACUUUACAUUGAAGAUGUAAAAGAUGAAGACUCUGGGAACUACUCUUGCACCAUCAUCCUCCAUGAUCGAAAGAUGUGGAUAGAGCAGAUUUAUCUUGAAGUACUUCAUGCUAAAGAAGUGACGACUGAACCGAACAGCAAAAUGUACACAACAUUUAAACCAUCAGUGCCCAGUAUUACUGUAACAGCAUUGAUCGCAAUAUCAGUGUGCUCAGCGCUCGCAAUCCUCACAACUGUAGCCACUAUUUUCAUCUUCAAAUGUGCAAAAAAAUGUUGCCACACAUCAGACGAACCCAUCUACGCCAAUAAAAUGGUCAUAAUUGAAGAAAAUAAGAGGUCACAGGUGGACAGAAGGACUGCAGAUAAUACAACCAGAUUAAAGAGAUAAAGAACCCAGCAAACAAAAUACCUUGGUUUUUCUCAGAAACAAAUGUAUAGGGUGCUAAAGUGGCGACGACAUGGUUUUGUAGGUCAGCCUGGAGGUUCGCAUCACCCUGUGGGAUUUAUUCAGUGGCUUUUGGAUAAUUGCAGAAAAUAAGAUCUGUGAUUCUUGCACAUUUUGUUGAAGCCUAAAUACAACUGGAAUCUGAAUCUGAAUAAGUUAUAAAUUAACUGUACCAUGGUAACAUGACUUCUGACAACUCUUUCAGUUUUUGAUAUUAACAAAAAAAAAAAAAUGAAAUGUUGAGCUUGAAUCCAUCUGGCAAGAGGGAGAUUAUAAACACAAGGAGGCUGUAAAAGUGUACUAGAAAGAUGAGUUUUCCUGUUCUCCAUGACAAUGUUUAAUGUCCCUGAACAACUUUUGUAGUUUCAUUUAGCCAUUUGUUAACAAGAGUCUUUUUCAAGACGUUUAAAAGCUUGAAAAAUCAUGUGUGGGGUAUCACUGAUACAUUUUAUGUUGUCAAAUAAAACAUGUCUUGGUCUUGUGUUAACCACAGACCUUAUUUCAGGCAUUUAACCAAAAACCCCUUCAAAAAAAAAACUUCAUUACGAUGGGUUUUGGUCUACAAAAAUACAUCAUCCCUCAUGCGCUCUAUUUACGGUGGUGUGUAUAUAAUUCCUAUUCUUUGAUGAGAACACUUUUUUUCUGGAUUGGUGAUUUAGUGAUUAUGUUGUUCUGUUGUUAUUUAAGUGUGGAUAUUGUACACUGGCCUUGUUCACCUCUGACAUCUUUGCUUUCCACUGAAGGUUAAGGUGCAACUUAGUUUGAAAACCUGAAGUUACGAUUUCCUCUCACUGUUUCAAGAGCAGACACAGGGGUCUGACGAGUCUCUAAUCUAGCAACAGUGUCAUCCUGCUUGCAACAGCAGGUCUGUGGUGAUCUGUCGAUUGCUAUUGUUGCUUUAGCAACAGUGGUUUACUGACCUCUUUCUAACAAGUGAAAAUGUUGUAGAUGUGUGCUUUACUAAAUGUGUGCUUUAUGUUUAAGUUGCUGCUUUAACCAACAAACUGAAUGAUGAAUAAACUAACAACAUGAGUAGUAAAUCUAAAUGGGUUUUCUUUUAAGGUGAAUGUGAUAGAUGAGGCCAACAAGUUCGUGACAUCUGUGGUGUGC